CGACUCUAGACACUAAACCACCGGUUGAUUCUUCCGGAUUUUCAUAUAGAACAUUCAUCUUGUUGCCUUCUUCUGCCUCAAGAAAUCGAAAACAAUGAACAUCUUUCUUAGUUGCUUCAAACCUAAGUUCUACAAGAAAAGCAAGUCUACAACCAGUUACAUGAAGAUUCGGCUCGAUAUAGUGAGGAAAAAAAGGAUUGCAAUGGUUAAUUUCUUGAAAAUGGACAUUGUGGAUUUUCUCAAGAAUGGCCUUGAGUAUAAUGCUUAUACAAGAGCAGAAAUGUUACUCGAAGAGCUUAGGAUUAUAUCAUGUUAUGAUAUCAUUGAACGAUUUUGUGACUGUAUAUCUGAAAAUCUCACACUAAUGCUGAAGAAAAGGGAAUGUCCUGAAGAAUGCAAAGAAGCUGUUUCCUCUUUGAUACAUGCAGCUGCAUGGGUUCCUGAUGUUCCUGAACUUAAGGAUCUUAGAGCCGUGUUUACUCAUAGAUUUGGGAGUUUCAUUCAUUCAUCUGUAAAUCAUGAGCUCGUUGAGAAAACUGAAUUGCGGAGUAGACCAUCACGUGAACUCAAGAUUCAGACAGUGAAAGACAUUUCUAAAGAGUUUUCGAUUGAAUGGGAUCCUACAGCUCUGAAUCUGUUUCUGCUUGGACAAACUUCAUCUUCGCAAAUUGAUGAUAAGGUAGAGACAGGAACUGAUGAUCCGAAGAUUAGGGAAGAGAAAAGUACAGUAAAUGAUCAAAGCGAGGAUGAAUCGGUUCUUUCAGAGAGCUGGACAAGGGAUUCACUGUCUAAAGGUAGUUUGAGUUCUAGUUCGAGUUCGAGUCGUAGUUCUCCAAGAAGAGACUCUGAAAAGAAGAAGAAGAAGAAGAUUCUGCCUUACGGAUUAAUCUCUCCUCCACGCACGAAACCAGGAGGUAGAAACAAUGAGAAAUCACAAGAGGAGAAAGAAGUAGACAUAUAAAAUAUAUAGGACAAAAUUUAGGUUCCCCCGACGCAAAUUUUUCAAUAUUAUAAUCAAUUAAACUGCCAGCUAGAUUAUUAAUAAAAAUAUUAAUUUUAAAAAACAAAAUCAAAAAUAAUUUAC